CCAUGCAAUCCUACGCUCAUUCGGAAUACAGGCGGUCUGAAAAACAAGAAACGGGUCAUGAAGGGACUGUCAGUCAUUUAUCGUACAGCCGUUUCGUUGGGGGACAGGGUUGUUCCUGCACGCUUCGCUGAUACAUGGAACCACCCAGCAGGUCCAAAGACAAUAUUCUUCUGGGCUCCAUCAUUCAAAUGGGCCCUUGUUAUUGCUGGUAUUGGUGACAUCGCCCGUCCUGCCGAGAAGCUAAGUCUAUUUCAGUCUGGUGCCUUAGCAGCUACAGGUAUUAUAUGGGCCAGAUAUUCUCUAGUUAUCAUCCCCAAGAACUACAACCUCUUCCUUGUAAAUAUCUUCGUUGGUGCAACCGGUAUCCUUCAGCUCAGCAGAAUCUACACGCACCAACAAUCUAUCAAAAACAAAGACAGUGAAUUACAGAAGUGAACAGUUUCCAAGAAUCUCCAAAUAUUAUACUGUAUUCAAGGACAAUAUCUAGCCAACCAUUAUUUUAAGAAACUAAUUUGACAAUUGUAGACUUUCUGUGUAUGACACUAACUUAAUCAUGAAUAUAUAAGAUACCUUACUCUGUGAAAUUAAUGUCAAAGGGAAUUUUGCACAAAAGCUUGUACUUGUAAUUUUUAGAAAGACAAUAUUUCUCAAAAAUACAAAUGAAUCAGGAUAAUAAGUAUUUUUUAUUAAAAGUUAUAUAGGAAUAACUCACGGGUAAGAUAGCAAAUUAGAACUGAAAAAAAGAUGUGGUUGUGAAAUGGAAAAAAUGAUAAACUAAAUUUGGUGAGGAUUUAGCUAUAGUAUAGUAACUACAAGAAUUAACCAGACUAGGAACCUUUACAAGCCAAACAACCCUUGUGAAAAUAUCCAGCAAAGUGACUGGAUAGGUGGUGGCAAGUUCUUGCAAUAAGAUGCGGUAUGGGGCUGGGUGGUGGUGGAUUAUUUAUUACACAGUAUAUAAGGAAGUUUAUUUGCAUUUCCAUGAAUCUGCCCAGAUAUUGUAUAGAACAUAUUACCCGGUGUGUCUUUAUUGUCUGAUAAAAAUAGCAAGGACUAUGGUUAUAGGAUAAGAUGUUAGGAUUGGUGAUAAAACAUUUGAUCAACCAGUCAGAGGGUUUCCAGAGUGCUGAAAAUUUUAAAAGAAUUCAUCAUAGAAUUGUUAAUUUUGAAUGCUUGAACAUUUACUGUUGAAGCAUCUUCUGGGAGUUUCCAGAAGAUACUUUAUAUAAAGAAUCUCCAUGGUAAUGAAUGCUCAUAUCUUCUCUACAUCACCAAUAAUGUAUUGCCCUCAUUUUUAACGGGAUAACUUGUUUUUACAUUUGCCCUGCGGUAAGCUGUUAAAAUACUGUAAACAUAAAUAUUUUAGUGAUACUCUUAUUUUAGAGAUUUUUGCACUUUAAGCAUUCCGCUAAAUAAUCAUUGUGCUAAUUGCAGUUUGUGUAUAUUUUUGCAAAGAUGGUGGCGCCAGUUCAUAACGGCUCUAAUCGGUUGUAAUUUGGUUACGCACUUGAAUUUAAAUGCACUGAAAUAAGUAUGUUUACAGGAUUAUUGAAUUGCUGUGUUAGUUAUCAUUUCUCUUUUGUUAUAUUCAAUUAUUAUAUGGAAAUAUAUUUUUGUUGAAAACGUUAAUUAUCAAAAGUUAUUUUUAUCUCAUUAUAUAGUGUGCUCAAUUUGAACCUUUUACUAAAUAGUCUCAUAAUUCAAUACCUGGUAUUAUACAGCUGAAGGUUUUAAUUUUAAUGGAAUACACACCUGUCAACUUAAAAGAAGUACUUUUCAGUUUUUUCUUCUUCUGGAAUUCCUUGGAAAUAUGUCUCAUUCCCCUGCUUUGAUUCUCAAAAAAAACCCAGUCCCAAAACAUGUAAAAAUUCAGAAAAAUAUUGAAAAUUCCAAAAACCGUUUUGAUUAUGUCAAUUACAGUGAUUUUUAUUGAAGGAGUGUAAAAAGUAAAAAUAAAUUUAGAGGAUAUGUUAUAAGCUCCUGCAGAAUUUCAUGUUUACAUGCAGAAUUUGGAUUUACAUGCUAUGUAAUCCAGAUAAAAAAAUUUUUUUCGAUACUUAACACACGUUGGUCUCCUUCGUCAUUGCGAUAUAAAAGUAUGUAUGUACAACUUGCUUCCCUAUCUUUACUGUAGAUGUUUUAAUCACAGAAAAAAUGUCCAGAAUGAACAAAGUUUAUAUUGUACCAUUGAAUGUUUACAUUUUCCAUCACAAUUUGGUGAAAAUCUUACUUGACCUGUACUAGUGUGUUUAAUACUCAGUUUAUUCAAGAAACCUAAAGAAAAAUUUCACAGGAUUUAAGUAUUUUUGGGAAAGGAUGGUAAGCUGCCCAAUCUCUUAGUUGAUAUUCAAUCCAUAGUAUGCUUGAAUAAUUAUUUUAUUCAAAUGUGGAAUUUGCAUUUCCCCCUCCAAACUUUUUUUUUGUAAAUUAGUUUUAUUAAUGAAAAUAUUGUUAUUUUAAGGGAUUAAAAUUUCCUUUCAAACUUUAAACAAACAUGCAAUUUACAAGUUUAAAAAAAAAUCAAUUGGAAUGCGAGUUUUCAUUGAGAAUGUGGGAAACAUUGAGGUUUUAUAUAUGAAUGUGUAAAGAAGAAAAUAAACAUGUGGAAACCAUAA